CUGGGAGCCUCGCACAGUCUCUCGCUCACUCUACUGUACCAUCACCACCAAGCAGGCUCUAUCCUCUCACCUGUUCGUCCAGAUAAUGUGGUUCGUGCUAAUGGGCGUGGUCUUGGUUGGAGGAGGCGUGGCUAUAGGGAAGGAGGAGCCUCUCAAAGCGUCCCACUGGAGGCAGGUUGGACCGUAUGAGCGCUUUGACCCCGCUACCUCCUCCGUCACCGCCAGCUAUAACGUGCCCUACCUCGUCCUCCCGGCCACCACACUCGACAAAGAUGACUUUUACGGCCUACGUCUCCAGGAAAUGUUCAAGAAUCACAAGAUAAAUCAACGUAACCAAGAUGACACUGUGUCUAACGCAAAUGGCAGUGACAACAGGCACCGUCAACAGAACAACAACAAUUAUGACCUUCACCAACAGAACAACGGAGGGAUCAACACACAAUUUACUGAUCAAUUCAACGGAGGAAGAUUAAACGGGAGACUUGACCACAGAGGAUCCAAUGGAAGGUUGACUGGCGAGGUUGACAACAGGGAAUCCUUCAACGGGAUGAUUGAGGGAGAUAGAGACGUGUGGAUGACCCAGGAACGAGAGCAGGGACAGUCCUGGGGCCUGGACAGGAGGGUUGGGGCCUGGGACGUCGCGGAAGGUGGCUGGGACAACAGUCGAAGUAGUGGCGACAUGGGGUACGGUGCUAUGGGUGGUGAGAUGAGUAAGAAGAGUAUCGACGUGUACAGUGUGUUAUCCUUGGUGUUGUUUACUUCCUUCCUCACCUACCUCAUCUACUUCUACCUGUCUACUCUAGAGACUGAGGAGGAGGAGAUAGGUGGUGUUAUUGGUGUCCGCUCUAUAAGGUCAUCUGACACAGCUAUCGCCAUCCUGGACGACGUGACCAACGCCUUCGAGAGAUGGGCGACCUUUGAGUACCUCUUGCCUCGGGAACUGGAGGAGGAAGAAGAGGAGGAGGAGGAGGAGGAGGAGGAGGAGGAGGAGGAGGGGGAGGAGAUGUUCUGAGUGCCUGAUAAUGGAUGAGCCUUAGAGUACCUCUUCGCUGUGUUGUGGAUGAAGGAGGAAAGGGUGAGAAGGAGGAGGAGGAGGAGGAGGAGGAGGAAGGAGUGAGGAGAAGGAGAGGAAGGAGUGAGUGGAAGAAGGAGGAAACAGAAAAUGGAGGUACUGUACACUGACCAUAGAAACGAAGAGACACAAAAAAAGGCUUGUUAGCUUAUAAUGUAAAGUCUAUAUAUAUAAAAAAACUGUUUUAAACUGUAAUGUUGUGAAUCACGACCACAUUAAAGAGGCAUUAAAUACAAUACUCAUCUUUAUCUUUAUCUAUCUAUCUUCCUCUUCCUUCUAACCCUCUCCCCUCUCUCUCUCUCUUUCUCUGUGCACAUGUCAACAAACACCUCCCUUUCUCAUGUCUGACUCUAUUAUUAACACGUACCUGGUUGUUGAUUUACUGUUUUCAUACCUGAGUGACUACAAGUUCUCCUGUAAUGUAUAUCAAGUUAUCCAAUUAUCCUCACAUCAAAGUAAACUAGAAGGCAUUAUUAUAUCCUCAUCUGUAUAUUAUAAUAACUAACUUCAUAUUUUGUAUUUUUUAUGAUAUGUUUAUAUUCAGUUAAAAUAAAUUCACUAUAGAUAGGUAUAAGGAAAUGUUACGUAUGGUAUUGUAUGAGAUGUCUUCGGGAGAUAGUCUAUAAUUAAGAUGUCUUCCGAACAGUCAAUUAUAGGGGAACACUAACUUAUUAACCCACUUUUAGAUUCACAGGUGUUGUAUGUAUGUAUGUAUGUAUGUAUGUAUGUAUGUAUGUAUGUAUGUAUGUGUGUAUGUAUGUAUGUAUGUAUGUAUGUAUUGGACAAUUGUGUAUGAGACCAUUAUGUAAUAUAUUCAAUGUAUGAAUAAGUUUAAAUAAAAUCUUAUUCACUGA